UGUCUCUACCCAGCCUGAUGUCUCUACCCAGCCUGAUGAACUGAUCCAGUCUGAUGAUCCUAUUAUGCCAGGUGAUUCGGUGCCUGCUGUCGAGCCAGACGAUCCAAUGCCUGAUGACCCAGUGCCCGCUGUCAUGCCUGGUGACCCGAUGCCCGCUGUCGUGCCUGAUGACUCGAUGCCCGCUGUCGAGCCAGACGAUCCGAUGCCUGAUGACCCAGUGCCCGCUGUCAUACCUGGUGACCCGAUGCCCGCUGUCGAGCCAGACGAUCCAAUGCCUGAUGACCCAGUGCCCGCUUUCAUGCCUGAUGACCCGAUGCCCGCUGUCGAGCCAGACGAUCCAGUACCUGAUGACC